AUGUCCAGCCAGCCGUUGCAGGCGCCUUCGUCCACGACGUCGCUGCCGCCGAGUGAUUUGCACCCAAUCUCGUGGGAAGAGUACUUUGCGACCACUCCUGCGCCAGAGUCGCUCGAUGCACAGGCCGCUCGCAUGGCUGCGUUCGUGGCCCAGCACCGCAACCCCAGCAACGCCGCGUCAUCACGCCGCAUCUUUAUCGAGAAGGGUUACGCUGUCAUCUUCCUUCAUCGAGUGCACACGCUCGAGCCGUAUGCCCGACACUUUACUCCUCGGACGCUUCUCGAAGUGGUUCAACCCAACGCAGAUGGCAGCUUAGCAGUGAGAGGACACCAAGAGCAUCUCAUCCGGGAAUGCGUCACCAAGUACCACCGUGUGGUCAAGGAGCAGCUUUUGUUGCAAGUGCCCUUCACCACUGUCACAGACUACCUGUUUUUGUUGCGCGAGGCGGCGAAAAUUCUCGGUCCCCUCGGACCCGAGGCCCUGCUCUAUCUCGCCGCUGCCGUGUCUGACUUUUUCAUCCCAGCCGCGCAGAUGGCUCAACACAAGAUUCAAUCCGGAACGGGUGCCCUGACCCUGACCCUGCAACAGGUGCCCAAGCUCCUCAAGCCUCUCGUGAAAGAAUGGGUUCCACAGGCAUUUGUGGUGUCUUUCAAACUCGAGACGGACCCAGAUAUCGUCGCCGACAAGGCACGCGCUGCCCUACGCAACUACGGUCAUUCUCUGGUCAUCUCCAAUCUGCUCAAUACGCGCAAGUACGCUGUCACCUUGGUGACUGCUGACACCGCACAAGAAAUCCGUCUCAGUGAAGCAGAGAUUGGGGCGAAUGUUGAAAUUGAAGAUGCGAUUGUGGCCGAGGUGAAGGUGCGUCAUGAAGCAUUCAUUCUGCGCGGCACCAAAUAA